UAAAUAUAUGUUGGCAACAAAUUUGAAAAUCUGAUAACGAAUUGUAUGUGAUUUUUUAACUUACCUUCGUAUUUACGGAAGUGAUUUCCGUAAUUUUUAAUUAUACAGAAUGAUUUUUGUAUGUGUUAGUUCGUUGAUGUUUUAAGAUGAGUUCGUUAGAAAAUAUUUGCGACAUAAGGAUUUCGGAUUUGACUGACGAGAAAUUCAGAAGUGAGUAUGUACCUCGAUUUCUCAACACACUUAGAGAACGAUGUAGCUGGUUAAUAGGAACUACAUCAUCGGGCCAAGAUGAAAAUAAAAAUAUCUCAAAGACUCAGGAAAGUGCAAGAUCGAAACAUCCCGUUGAAUUCAGACAGAGAUCGCCUAAUACAGUUAAGUCAUCGAAAUCAAAUAGAAAGAAAUAUGUGCCUUUUACGACGGUAGAACGGAUCAAACCGUUACCACCCGACAUUUCAAACGUACAAGAAUUUCCUCCGAUUGAUGUAGAAUUUCCAGUUAAACAUCAUAAAAAGUAUUCGUUGCUUCAUAACCGUUUUACUGUGAAAAAAACUGAAUCUCAGUCAGAACAGCGUAAUGAUUGCCAUAAAUCUACAUUCUUUCGUGGAGAUAAAGUGAAUAAGAAUUCAUUGAAUCAUUUACAGACUGAAGAUUUUAAUUAUACUUACGAAAAAUGCUCUAACGUUUCUGAUAGUGAUAAGUGUGAAAGUGACGAAAAACAAAAUGAUAGUGAUUUAGAAGUUAUUUUGCCUUCUUUUCAAUUGAUUACUAGUAAAGAAUGUGUCGAUAAUUUGAUAUGUAUAUAUUGUAAGUGUGUCGAGACUAAUUCCAUACCUAAUUUAAGUAUGGAGUUGUAUUUUUUAUUCCAGCUUUUCACGGCAAAAGCUACCCAUAAAAUGAUUACGGAUGUUGACACCGGUGCUCCCUUAAAUACGAUACAUAACUGUGUAUAUUUUUCUACCUCGGUUUUGAAUAGACAACGGGAUUUAUUGAGUGUGCUUGAUCGUUCUACCUUGCGUUUGAUGUGCCAGAUUCCUCGUUUGUCGGAAUUUUCUAAAGAUUUGCACGAAUACAUUUUGGAACUUUCUGCAGAUAAGCCACCUGUUUCGAUUCACAGGACUUCUUCGAUUCAGGGUGUUUCUUUUCAAGCUGAUACCGAUAAUAGAAAUAAUUUUCCAAAUGAUCAAACCUUUAAUACUUUUAAGAAGCAGAGGGAUAUGUUUUAUGAACUAUUUCGAGAAUGGAAAGAAGGACAUUUUGCCCCUGAUUGGAUUAAAAAAAGUAACUUUGUUGCCAGAGUCAGAAACAUUAGUUCAACUGCUGUUAAUGCUAGUCAUUUGGCAAGACUGAUUCAUUCUCAAUUAACAGCCAUUUGUGAUAAUGAAGCUGAAAAUGACAGAAAUGAAGAAGAAAUUGCCAGUUUGAAACGUUCAUUUCCUGAAAAAUUUGAGAAACUUCAGCAAAGAUUUAAAACACCUGUAAGAGUAACUGGACCAAAUUCACCUCCCUCUUUUCAUGGAUCUCAAGAAUUUUUCAAAGAUUUUCUGGAUGCUGCCAAUUCGGUGAGUUUAAAUCAACAUUUAAUAGAUAAUUUUAUAGCAAAAAUUAUUGAAUUGAAUCAGAUAGAAUUGGAUGUUGAUGCUAGAAUGGGUAUUGAUGAGAUGUUAAAAGCAAGAUACUUUAAUAGUUUAUGUUUAUUGCGAAUGCUUGCAAAGUUCUUGGGAUAUCUAGUGUUUUUACCAUAUCAAAACUGCGAUUUUAUUCCAGCUGACAUAAUAACUAUUCAAUGUUCGUUACGUAAUACUUGUAUUCCUCCUCUGGAUAUUUGUGGAUUACUUUUGGAUGCAAUGAAAAAUAACCGGUUGAUUUUAACGGUCCCGUGGGUAGUAGAAUAUAUCAGUAUGAUGGAUCCAGUGGCACCACAUUUAGAGUAUUAUCAGAGAGUGUUUGAAUUAAUUUUUCACAUAUAUAAAUCUUUAAAUCAUACCAUGUACAGCAAAAAUAGGCACUUUUUAAAAUUUGUUUUAGGCUGGUUAUUUGAAAUGCCUAAUUUUCCCACAUCAAGUUUUUUUCUGUGUAUUGAUAAGUUGCAGAGUGCAACUGUAGUUGUUGAAGGACUUGAUAUGUUAGAUAUUGUGGAUCAGCAAACUAUUUAUUUAUGCUGUCCAUUUUUAAGAGAAUUGCGAAUUUUAUUAGAAGAAUACUUGAUUGGAAUAAAGAAAAAAGGACAGCAAAUUCGAAAGAUUAACCCUGUAUCUGCAGAUAAUGUAUCAUCAUCAUGUAUUACUGCAGAACAGUUGGAAUAUAAAUUGGAAGAUAAUUUUUUUCACUUACAGUCAUCAUCUGUUAAAAAAACUGUGGAGUUUGUUGCCGAGCGUAUAGCAGCAAAAGCCAUUCACCAAAUUCGAAAUGAAAUAAUUCCCUUGACAAAACAGAAAACUCUUCCAAAAUUGAAAGAAGAUAUUGAAAAAAUUAUAAAGCAUGAACAUUUGUCAGAGAUCAUCAUUAUCAAAAUUUCAGAUAUUUCUGAAAACUUAUAUAUUGAAAUGCAAAAGAAAGCUAUAAAAUUUGCUAAACUAUAUUGUAAGUAUGAAAUUGAGAAAGUAAUGCCAUUAUUACUACAGAAUGAGAUGUGUCAAGAAGUUUUAAGGAUUUGCAAUUCCAUAUCAUAUCGUAUGGCAAUUAAUAAAGUUGUACAAUGGACAAAAACAUAUGUUACUUUUAAUUAUGUUUCAAAUGAUUUGAAGGCAGAAAUUGAAAAAAUGUUUAAAAAGAAUAUUGUUCGUAAGAAGUCAAGUAAUUUUAAUCCAAUGGUUGCACCGUCCGAUUUAAUUAUUGAUUUACGUAAAAUAAUUAAAGAAAUACUUCAAAAAAAAUCAUGUUGUUUUGAAGAUGUUGCCAAGCAAUUAUUACAAGUUAAACAGGUCUUUGUUAAUAAGGAGAUAGCUCAAAAUGUUUCAAGAAUGAUAGGAUCAAUGACUGUAGAACUUUGGUUAUUUUUAAUAAUUUAUGAACCAAUUUUAUCAGAAAAAUUUUUUUGUGAUUUUAGUUAUCUAUGGUGUAAUAUCUUUACAGAUAAUCUUGAUGUGUCUACUUUGCUAUGUCCUAGAAAUUUGAAAUUUCUUCUUCUGUCACAAAAUAUAGAAUGCACUUGGUCAAAAUUUACUAAACUUUAUCAAAAUUUACUUCAAAAUAAAAGAAUUUUAGUAGAUGAUUUACAGAAGAAUUGUAAAUUGAUUUUUAGACAAAAAUGGCCUAAAAGUAUAAAAAACAAAAUCAUAUUAUUUAUAAGAGAUUGUUCUUGUGAUUCUGAAUCAUUAUUUCUUAAUAAUAAAGAAAAUAUUUAUGUUUAAUAAAUUUAUAUGAAAUGUGAAGAAAUCAUAAAUUGGAUAAAUAUCAAGAAAUUGAAAAUUAAUUUUCUUUAAUAAUUGAAUGAUUUCUGGCAUUGUGGCAUUUGUAUGAUUUCAAAUCAUUUAGCUGUCAAUUUUUAAUUAAAAAUAAAUAA